UGACACGUCACAAAUAAUACGAAAAAGUUCCCGAAUAAUCUCGAUUAUGGCGAAAAAUAUCAUUCUGAAACGUUUGAGCAUGGAAUCAACAAGUGAAACACAAGAUCAACGUGAUCAGUACUGUUGGAUUUGCCAUGAAAAGUGCACGAAAAUCUGUUCAGUUGGUUGUCCCACGUGCAUUCGAUCAUUUCAUCCAAAGUGCUUGAAACCGAUGACAAAUCAUCGAUGGAAUGUCGGAAGUAAUUGUAUUGUUUGCACAGUUGACGAAGCAUCAACCAAUGCCUGCUUUGGAGGACGUGAACUGCUUUGAAUAGAGAGUGUACUUUAUGGCAAGACAUCCUCGAUUUGCUCAAGUACACUAUGGCCAAUGUUUUGAAAAAGCCAAAGUUUCGUGUUUUCAAAAAUAUGGACUCAAGUUACAACGCCACCGCUGUGAAUCCAAUUGACUUGGACACAAUUGCCGACAACAUCGAUGGUCAACGAUAUGCAAGUUUUUUCGCAUUCCUCAUAGAUAUCGAAUGUAUUUUGCAUAAUUGUUGCAUUUGUUACGGCGGACGUCAUGAGCGCACCAAAGCCGCCCGAUCAUUGUUUGAGUUCUGCACUCUCGAAACUCAGGCCAUUUCCAGCUGUUCAGAUUGCUACAAAAGCAAACAUAUGUACCCGAAUGACUGGCGCACAAGAGCCUGUGCGGUGCCUCAUCUUCUACUCUGGGUGAAGCUGAAUCGUUCAUUGGAUUUUUGGCCCGUGAGAAAGGGUUUCGUAUAUUGGCCGGCGAAAUUGGUGUCUAUCGGUAGUAAUGAAAGCACAAUCAUUUUAUUCGGUCAUCCGGAAUUUGUCAACGUUGAUAGCCGCAGUAUUUCAAAAAGCACCAUUUAUUCGACCGAAACACCGAAUAUGAGAUCGGAUGAAAGUGAUCCUCAUUGGAGGAGAUCGAUUUGUACCGAAAAUCCAUCGAAGAAAAAUUUGGUCGUUCAUGUUUUAAUUCAAAAUCAAUACCAUUCAAAUCAACAUACUUAUCUGGUCAUAUGAAGCAAAUGUUUCCAGACUACGUGUCAUCCGACGGAUCGACCCAAAGCACCUGUUUCGAGGCUACUGAUGAUAAGCCCCCGGUGAAAAAACGACGUUAUUCCCGACAUGCAAAAAAUGACGUGCAAAGCAAGCACCAGAGUGCCCAUGAAGACAACACAACGACACUCUUUCAACAUGACCACCACUAUCCAAGAGCCAGCCCAAGUAUAAAUGAUUCAGGUAUCGAUGAUCUCAUCGAAUCACACAUGGAAUCAUCCACGCGUUGUGACACAACCAAAUCGCAGAUCUUUCGGUCCCAAAUUGCCGACAGUAUUAAAUUUAUCCAGAACAGUGCGAUGAAUUUCGAAAAUGCCAUCAAAUUGAAAUUGGAAUCGCUGCAAACCGAGUUGAAAAAGACAAAAGAGACUCUUGCCGGUUGCCAAUCUAAGAAAAAGAAAUUAUCAGCACAAUUACAUACCGUUGUUUCCGAAAUGAAUCUAGAAAUUGUGGACACAAAAAAUGCGCUGAUUGAAACAAAGCACGAUCAUGCCAACGAAAUUGAGGAACUGAAUAAGAAACAUGAAGAUGAGAAAAAUGAGUGGCAUGCACAGCGUCAAGUAUUGAUCAAAACGAAACGCCAACAUGAAGCAUUGAUGAAUAACGCACGAAAGGCCAUCGAAAAACUGAAUGAAAAAGUGAAACACAUGGACAAGGUAAUUCAGGCACUCACAGAGGAAAACAACGACAUUAAAGCACAAUUGGAAAAUGGGAUGGGGCCAAGGGACGGAGACAUUUGAAAGAGUACAAGAAAUCCGACGUGAAAGCGGAAUUUGGACGGAUCAAAACCUAUAGCAAAACGAACUAAACAAUCCAAAUCAAUCCUCUAUUAUUAAUUCAUAUUUUCCACGUUCAAAGCCAAAGCUUUUUUUAAUUGAACGACCCAAAGUAUGCAAGGAACCGAAGCAU